AUGGCUUCGCCAAUGAGUACGAUCAAGGUGGCGGUUGUCUCCACGGUAAUCAUCGCUAUGUCUCUGUUUGUAAUGUUUUGUGUUCCUACCGCAGUAGAUUUCUCCUUAUCUCGGUUCCCAAUCCUUUGGAGUUCAUUUCUCUCGUGGCUGAAACCACCUUACCUCUUCGUCAUCAUCAAUGUCAUAAUCAUUACAACGAUUGUAACUUCUUCCAAGUACUUCCAGAGCACCGGUGUCAACCGAGAUUGUGAGGUGAAGGACGUUGAUAUGGAUGGUCAUUUCGGGGCCACGUUUCCACAGCCGAUCGUCGUCACGGAUGUGGAUAGAUCAGAGGUUGUAUGUGAAGAGAAGGAAGAGGAGAUUACAGGACUGAACAACGGUGGAGAUGAGUUUGUGAUGUUGACAUGGAAGUUGAAUAAAGUGCCUACGACGAUAACGGACGAGUCAGAGACUAAGAAAGCGCUGGUUUCGGCAAGAUUAAGCCACCGUAAACCGGUCAAAGUGACUUCAAAAGAUAACAAAAGGAAGUUGGCGUCGAGGGUUGGUGAAACCAAAGUGGGACGAGAACACGUGGAAGAUGAUGGUAACGGAGGAACUUGA